UCCAAGUCUUACAUUUGUCAUUUUCGGAAGCUUAGAAUAUUUUGCUUAGUUUUGAAUCAGGGCCUAGGGUUUAUUGUUGGGAAUGAAAGUAUCGAACGUCGAUCUCUUCGACCCGCGAACGAUCAUGGAUUCAGACUUCUCUCCGGGUGCGCCCGACUCGGAUUUUGGAUUCGCGUUCAACGACAGCAACUUCUCGGAUCGGGUCCUGAGGAUCGAGAUCGUGCCUGAUUUGCCUGAUUCUAAAUCCGAAGGCGAUGGUUUCUCCACCAUCGCCGAUUGGGUCCGCAACCGUAAACGACGGAGAGAAGAGAUCAAGAAAGACACUGGCGUGGAUUUUUUCAUGCAACGUGAGGAGCAGAUUUUGCAUUGUAUCAUGCCAGACACCGAGGAUGGUGUGGCCUAUGAGAAUCAGGAUGAGGAACCUGUGGCAAUGAUUGAGGAAUCACCUGUUGAUGGUGGAUUGAACUUGAACUGUGAUGAUGAGGAAGCCACUCAGAGCAAUGAUGCAUCAUGGAGCAUGGAUUGUUCAACAGUUCUUAGGGUCAAGACUGUACAUAUUAGCUCUCCUAUUUUAGCUGCAAAGAGUCCCUUUUUUUAUAAGUUAUUUUCUAAUGGGAUGAGAGAGUCAGAGCAACGACAUGUAACUCUGCGAAUACAUGCCUCUGAAGAAGCAGCCCUUAUGGACCUCCUUAAUUUCAUGUAUAGUAGAACCUUAUCAACAAUCACUCCUACUGCUUUGCUGGACGUGCUGAUGGCUGCUGACAAAUUUGAGGUUGCAUCAUGCAUGAGAUACUGCAGCAGGUUAUUAAGGGACUUGCCAAUGACCUGUGAGUCUGCUUUACUGUAUCUGGACCUCCCUUCCAGUGUUUUAAUGGCUGAAGCUGUGCAGCCACUGACAGAUGCUGCAAAACAAUUUCUUGCUGCACGAUACAAGGACAUAACUAAGUUUUCGGAAGAGGUUCUUCACUUGCCCUUGGCUGGUAUUGAGGCAGUAUUAUCCAGUGAUGAUCUCCAGAUAGCUUCAGAGGAUGCUGUUUAUGAUUUUGUGCUGAAGUGGGCUCGGACUCAUUAUCCAAAAUUGGAGGAACGACGAGAGGUCCUUGGCUCUCGACUCGGCCGACUAAUUCGUUUUCCAUACAUGACCUGUCGAAAGCUGAAGAAGGUUUUAACCUGCAAUGACUUUGAUCCUGAUUUUGCAUCCAAGCUUGUGCUUGAGUCUCUCUUUUUCAAGGCUGAGACACCAUACCGGCAGCGCUCUCUUGCAGCAGAGGAGGCCAAUGCAAUCCAUCGUCGCUUUGUGGAGCGGGCUUACAAGUAUCGUCCUGUGAAGGUGGUGGAGUUCGAAUUGCCUCGUCAGCAGUGUAUUGUGUACCUGGACCUUAAGCGGGAAGAGUGUGCACAUCUCUUUCCAGCUGGACGGGUUUAUUCACAGGCAUUUCACCUUGGUGGGCAGGGCUUUUUUCUAUCAGCACACUGCAAUAUGGACCAACAAAGCUCGUUUCACUGUUUUGGUUUGUUUUUGGGGAUGCAAGAGAAAGGAUCAGUUUCAUUUACUGUGGACUAUGAGUUUGCUGCAAGAACAAAGCCAUCUGAAGAAUACUUGAGCAAAUACAAAGGGAAUUACACUUUCACAGGAGGGAAGGCUGUUGGGUAUAGAAAUCUUUUUGGUGUACACUGGACAACAUUUAUGGCGGAGGACAGCCUUUUUUUUAUUAAUGGAGUUCUUCAUCUAAGGGCUGAACUUACCAUCAGGCAAUAAGUAUUUUUCACAAAAUGUUGGGUAUAGAGACCUGUUCGAUUGGUCUUUUGCUUGUCUAACGGCCCUUUGUAGAAAAUAUCAGCAGGUAUAGGUGCUUUUGGGCUAUGCACUGUAAAAACUAAAAUUUCAGAGAAAAUAAUUCAUCAUUUUACAAAUGUAUUAUUGUAUUGUG